GGGAGUUGCGGAAGGAGUGGUCGACUACUACACGGUGCUCUGCAAGCCCAACGCACCCAGCACGCAGCGCAAGGCCCGCGAGCCCCAGACGGCGAGCUCUCACGUGGUCACCGUGUCCGGUUUGAUGCCCGCGUCCUCCUACAACUGCACCGUGACCAGCUUCAGCUACAGCACGCCCAGCAAGCCGGCGCACAUCACCAUCAGCACCGCAGCCAAAGAGAUGAACCCGAGCGUGGCGGCGAUCUCGGCUCUGGCCGUCCUCAGCGUGCUGGUCAUCAGCCUGCUGGUUCUCUUCCUGCUGGUUCUCCGCAAGAAACACCUGCAGAUGACCAGGGAGUGCGGCGCCGAGACCUUUGUCAAUUUCGCUUCAUUUGAAAGAGACGGGAAGCUUCCUUAUAACUGGCGAAGAAGCCUCUUUGCCUUCCUUACCCUACUGCCAUCCUGCCUUUGGACUGACUAUCUUUUGGCUUUUUAUAUUAAUCCUUGGAGCAAGACAGCUUUAAAGAAACGGAAGCUAACAAGUCCCGUGCAGCUGGACGACUUUGAAGCGUACUUCAAAGAAAUGGGCAAAGACUCGGCCUACAAGUUCUCUCUGCAGUUUGAGGAGCUGAAGAGUGUCGGUCUGGAUCUUUCCCAUGAUGCAGCAGACCUGCCCGUCAACAGGCCGAAGAACAGAUACACCAACAUCCUCCCCUACGACUUCAGUCGGGUCAAGUUGUUCUCGAUGCACAGCGAUGAAGGACUGGACUACAUCAACGCCAACUACAUACCUGGCUACAAAAACAGUAAGGAGUACAUCGCCACUCAGGGUCCGCUGCCCGAAACUCGCAACGAUUUCUGGAAGAUGGUUCUGCAGCAGAAAUCUCCGAUCAUCGUCAUGCUGACUCAGUGCAACGAGCGGCGCAGGGUCAGUUUCAUUUUUACUCCAGAACCACAAUCAGAACCACAAUCACAAUCAGAACCAGAACCAGAACCAGAACCAGAGGGGAGUCUAUGGCCAAAGGCUCCAUCUCCACCUCUACGUUUUGGUUUUUAAGCGUUUGAGUUUUGAGCCCAAAGUGGUCUC